AUGGCUUCGCCGCUGGAACUCUCCUACAUCGAGUUGCAGAGCGCACAGGGCAUAGAAUCCGUCAAACUCCAACCCAAUGGCAGUGAAUACUCAAUUACUCAAGGUCAAGAGAAGAGCGACACUGUUUCGAAAGCUUUUGAUAAGCCAUUGUCUGUAUCUUUUCAGCUACGCGUCAAUCCUACCUCUCAGGUUACGGUUCCGAGUGCACCCGCAAACCCGGUGCCUUCACAAUCGACCACUGAGCAACCAAUUGCUGGUCGUUCCACAUCGGCUAAUACAGCUCCGAGCGCAGGCACACGUAUAGCUGAUAAGCCUUACUCAGGACAUGGUAUCUAUGAGUUUAACCUCUCCGGAGAACCAAGUAUCGCCAGUGCCUCUGGCAGCUGCAGGGGCACAACGAAUGUUGCCUACAUUGAAGGUUCAGUUAUCAAUUGCCGUAGGAAAGCAGAGAAUACUAGAGACUGCCCUCGUGUCAUACACAAUGACAUCGUGGCGGUCUGGAACUUUUACGAUCCUUGCCAGUACUUGAAUAGUGAGGAAUUCCGAGAGGUGAUGAUGAACAUGGUUGCGAGAGUUGAUGCACCGGCCGAGCCAAAUUCCCUCCAUCGCACUGACACAUUAACCGAGGAGGUCCCGCUUAUCGCUCUAGCUCCUGUAAUGCUGCCAUUAAAUGCUUUCUUCGGCCUUGGCAAGUGGGUUCUUGCAACAUACCAGCGACUACAAGACGUUCCCACAAAGUUCAUGGCUUACAUCGCUGAUUUGACACACGUACUGGAAAUACUGUUUUCAUUCACGGCUGGGAUGAAGGAGAAGAAGCUUACUCGCAUGGCGAUUAAGCUGGCAUAUAAAGCCUACCUUGAAUCGCAAUGGGUAAUGUACACCCACACAGAAAUUAGGCAUUUCCGGUGUUGGGCUGCGGCUCGUGACGUGGUUCUCGAGAAGAUUACAACCAUGAUCCCUUCAGAGGACAGGGAGGAUCGAGUUUCUAGGGCGCUUGAAAGGAUGCCAUCGGUUGAGUUGGAGAGAGAUGAACAGUGGACGAGCGAAGAAAUCUCUUGGUGA